UCCUGCUCCAGCCCCGCCCCCCGCGUUCCGGAAGGGCAGUGCCGGGCGGGAAGCUGAGCCGAACGGCUGGGGAAGGAUGGCGGCGCCGGGGCUGACCGAGGCGGCUGCUCAGUGGCUGCGCUGGGACAAGAAUAUUAAAACCUCAGAAAUAGUGAAGCAACUGGUUGCUGAAGAAAAUGCAGGAGAACUACAAAAAUGUUUUGGUUCACGGAUGGAGUUUGGGACAGCAGGACUCAGAGCAGCCAUGGGGGCAGGAAUUUCUCGGAUGAAUGACUUGACUAUUAUCCAGACAACUCAGGGAUUUUGCAGGUACCUUGAAAAGAACUUCAGUGACCUAAAGAAAAGAGGAGUAGUCAUUGGUUUUGAUGCUCGCGCCCAUCCUUCAAGUGGAAGUAGCAGCAAGAGGUUUGCAAGGCUUGCUGCAACAACUUUCAUCAGUCAGGGAAUUCCAGUGUACCUCUUCUCCAAUAUAACACCAACACCUUUUGUGCCCUACACAAUAACUCAUCUGAAACUUUCUGCUGGAAUUAUGAUUACUGCUUCCCAUAACCCAAAACAAGAUAAUGGUUACAAGGUUUAUUGGGAAAAUGGUGCGCAGAUAGCUUCUCCUCAUGACAAAGGAAUCUCUCAAACUAUCGAAGAGAACCAAGAGCCAUGGCCUCAGGGUUGGGAUGACAGUCUGAUUGACAGCAGCUUGCUACUUCAUGAUCCUUAUGUCACUAUCAAUAAGGACUACUUUAAAGACAUACAAAAGCACUGCUUUCACAGGAAUAUAAACAAGGAAACAAAGCUGAAGUUCGUCCACACUUCUGUGCAUGGUGUAGGCCAUGAAUUUGUGCAGUCAGCCUUUAAGGCAUUUGACUUUAAACCUCCAUUGGCUGUUGCUGAACAGAAGGAUCCUGAUCCAGAAUUUCCAACAGUAAAGUACCCAAAUCCUGAAGAGGGUAAAGGUGUACUGACAUUAUCUUUUGCUUUGGCUGAAAAAGAAGGGGCUGGAAUUAUUUUAGCAAAUGACCCAGAUGCUGAUCGACUUCUUGUUGCAGAGAAACAAGAAAGUGGUGAGUGGAAAGUGUUUUCUGGCAAUGAGCUGGGAGCUCUUUUAGGCUGGUGGAUCUUCACUUGCUGGAAAAAUCAGAAUCAAGACCCUACUGCCAUCAAAGAUGUGUACAUGUUAUCCAGCACUGUCUCUUCCAAAAUCUUGAGAGCAAUUGCACUGAAGGAAGGCUUUCACUUUGAGGAGACAUUGACAGGUUUCAAGUGGAUGGGAAAUAGAGCCAAGCAGCUCAUGGACCAGGAGAAAACUGUUUUAUUCGCAUUUGAAGAAGCUAUAGGAUAUAUGUGCAGCCCUGUUGUCCUGGACAAAGAUGGCGUCAGUGCUGCUGUUAUAACUGCAGAGAUGUCUAGUUGGCUAGCAACCAAAAAUUUGUCUUUGUCUCAGCAGCUGAAAGCUGUCUAUGAUGAGUGA